GGCGUGUUCCCCACUGAGAAAUUCCUAGAGCGCAAGUCCCGGAACUGUCCAAUCAGACCAGCCCAGAACUUCGCAGUUUCUGCUGGUGAGGCACCUUUGCAAUCUUCCAAAACCAUCACCACCACCGUCUACAGUCGACAACUCUCUCGACGCCAAUCCCUCCCUCCCAAAAAGGCCCAUCUCGUUUGUGCCUUUUCGACAAACAAACACCAACAACCGAUUCGAGUCAGGUCGAUCGACAAUCAGUCUAUUCCAUCAUCAUCAUGGCUGACCGAGGUGGUGCUCCUGCUCGUGGUGGCUUUGGCGAUCGUGGCCGUGGCGAUCGUGGUCGUGGUCGUGGCCGUGGCCGUGGACGUCGUGGUGGCAAGAGCGAGGAGAAGGAGUGGCAGCCCGUCACCAAGCUGGGCCGUCUGGUGAAGGCAGGCAAGAUCAAGAGCAUGGAGGAGAUCUACCUGCACUCCCUCCCCAUCAAGGAGUACCAGAUUGUCGACUUCUUCCUGCCCAAGCUCAAGGACGAGGUCAUGAAGAUCAAGCCCGUCCAGAAGCAGACCCGUGCCGGUCAGCGCACCCGCUUUAAGGCCAUUGUCAUUAUUGGUGACUCCGAGGGCCACGUCGGUCUGGGUAUCAAGACCUCCAAGGAGGUUGCCACCGCCAUCCGUGCCGCCAUCAUCAUCGCCAAGCUGAGCGUCAUCCCCAUCCGCCGUGGUUACUGGGGUACCAACCUGGGUCAACCUCACUCCAUCCCCGUCAAGGAGUCUGGCAAGUGCGGUUCCGUCACCGUCAGGCUGAUUCCCGCCCCCCGCGGUACCUCCCUCGUUGCCUCCCCCGCCGUCAAGCGUCUCCUCCAGCUUGCUGGUAUUGAGGACGCCUACACUUCCUCCGCCGGCUCCACUAAGACCCUCGAAAACACCCUCAAGGCCACAUUCGCUGCCAUCUCCAACACCUACGGCUUCCUCACCCCCAACCUUUGGAAGGAGACCAAGCUCAUCAGGUCUCCCCUGGACGAGUUCGCCGACACCCUCCGUACCGAGAAGCGCUACUAGAUGCGGAUCGCGCAUGAGGAUGGUUGAUUAUGUUGAGAGGCGUCUUGAGGUCUGCUAAUUGCAUGGGUACGGGAACUGGUCAUGUCUUCCAGCCAGGUUUUACGAAAUGAGGACUUACUGGCCCGGCCAGAAUUCAGAGAGAGAGAGAAAAUACCGAAUCACGUUAUCUCAAUCAUGAU